AUGCCAGAGCCAAGCUACGAGGAUCUCGAGAAAGAAAUUUCGGUGGAUGACAUCGACUUUUCCGACUUGGAGGCGAGAUACGCCGUCGACGCCAACAUCGGCUUGGAGAACUAUGUCGUGGUAGAUGGAGCCCCUAAGGCCCCAGCUUCCAAAGCCCCAUUGUUGGAAAAAGUGUUGAAGAAGUUCUUGUCCAAAGCGGGCGAGGUGCUCGAGGGUGAGGCUGGAAUCCACCUCCCAGUGGAGAACAACAUGACCAAGGGCUACCUUUUCGUGCAGUACAAGACACCUGAAAUGGCCGCUGCCGCCGUGUCGCAGUUGAACGGAAAGCCCUUGGAUGCCAAGCACAGAUUGUUUGUGAACAAGCUCUCCGACAUUGAGAAGUACUGUGCCGAGGGAAGCGUGCCCUCCACGUUUGUUGAACCAACGGUGCCACCCAUGCAGUCCUUCGGCUACUUGAAGUCGUGGUUGCAGGACGACGCAGGCCGUGACCAGCUCGCGUUGCACUACUCGGAAACCGUGGGUGUUUUCUGGAACAACAAGAACAACGACCCCAAGCCUGUGUUCGAGCCCAGAAAGGGCUUCACCUCGAAGUACGCCAAGUUCUCGCCCAAGGGCACGUACAUGUUCUCCAUCCACCCACAAGGUAUCCAGUCCUGGGGUGGGGAGAACUUCGAGCGCAUCAGCAAGUUCAUCCACCCUCAAGUGCGCUUGAUUGACUUUUCGCCCAGCGAGAAGUACAUGGUCACCUUGUCCCCUGCGCCAAUCACGCCGCCCGACAACGCAGCCGACGCCAAGGACUUCCCCUUCGGCCCCGAGUCCGAGGGCCACAAGUUGGUGAUCUGGGAGUUGGCCACCGGUGAGCCCGUGAGAACCUUCGCCUUGCCUCCCCACUUGGAGGCGCUGAAGGACAUGCCUUGGCCUCUUGUCAAGUGGUCUUUCGACGACAAGUACUGCUGUCGUCAAGGCCCCGAUGCCUUGGCCAUCUACGAGACCCCAUCGUUCCAAUUGUUGGACAAAAAGCUCGUCAAGAUCGAGGAUGUCAUGGACUUCGAGUGGGCUCCCGCGGGUGUCAAGCUCGAGGGCUCCCGAGCCGAGGCCGGCGAACAUGUCUUGUCUUAUUGGACCCCAGAGACUACGAACCAGACUGCUAGAGUUGCAUUGAUGCAAAUUCCCUCCAGAAAAGUCAUUAGAACUGUCAACAUCUUCCAGGUCAGUGACUGUAAGAUGCAAUGGAAGCCUGACGGCGCCAUGUUGUGCGUGAAGGUCGACCGUCACACUAAAUCCGGAAAGACGUUCUUUUCGAACUUGGAGUUCUUCAAGACUACCGAGAGAGAUAUUCCGGUGGAGAAGUUGGAGUUGGACGAGGUGUGCGUGAACUUCUCCUGGGAACCUACCUCGGACCGGUUCGUGAUCAUCACCAGAUUGGAUGAUGGCAACGACAACCCUGCCAUUGCAAGAAACGAUAUCACUUUCUACAGCCAAGAGAUCACCGGUAAGGGUAAAGCCAACAAGUUCAAGGUUUUGAGCAAAGUGCAAAAGAAGCACACCAACACACUUUACUGGUCGCCUAAGGGUAGAUACAUUGUGACUGCCACCAUUUCUAAGACUUCGGGCGAAUUGGAAUUCUGGGACACCCAAUUCGAGGAUGAGAAGAUUCUUAAGAAGACCGAAGUCAAGUUGUUAAAGUCUGAAGAUUUCGGAGGAAUCACCAACAUCUCCUGGGAUCCUUCUGGUAGAUUUGUCGCUGCCUGGUCUUCUCAGUGGGUCCAUGCUAUCGCAAACGGUUACAAAUUGUUUGAGCUCACCGGUAAUUUAUUGAGAGAUGAGUCUAUUGACUUGUUCAAGGACUUCAUCUGGAGACCUAGACCAGCUUCCUUGCUCACAGCUGCCGACUUGAAGAAGGUCAAGAAGAGCUUCCGUGAGUACAGCGCUCAGUUCGACGAGCUCGAUGCCAUGGAGGCCGAUGCUGCCACCAGAGAGGCUAUCUUGUUGCGUCGUAGAUUGUUGGAGGAAUGGAGAUUGUACAAAUCCAGAUUCGACAAUCAAAAGACCGAGGACCGUACUAUUGAGGCUGAGGUGGUUGAGGAGAUCAAGGAGGAGAUCAUUGAGGAGAAUGAAGAGAUUGUUGAAUAA